GGUAUUGUAUCCAUCCAUCUCAUGGUCCAUCACUCAUGAUUUAAGGGUUUAAUUCACUCUGGUUCAACAGCUGGUUGGGGCUGUCUACACGCUGACCAAUAGGAUCAAGCGCUGUUAUCGGCAGAAAAAAAAAAAAAAAAAUCCCUACUGUCGCCAUGAUACAGCAGCGGAAACGGGUGCGAAGUAGCUAGAAAACAAAAGAGAACACGCAGUCGUCCUCGCGAUUUGGUAUGCUCUUGCAGUGUUAUAGGAAUGCCCAAGGAAAAAUAUGACCCGCCGGAUCCCAGGCGGAUGUACACAAUUAUGUCUAGCGAAGAAGCAGCCAACGGGAAGAAAUCAUACUGGGCUGAGCUGGAAAUCAGCGGCCGAGUAAGGAGUCUCAGCACAGCCCUGUGGUCUCUCACCCACCUCACUGCCCUGCACAUCAGUGACAACUCAUUGUCACGCAUCCCACCAGACAUUGCCAAACUACACAACCUAGUGUACCUGGAUCUCUCAUCCAAUAAGAUCAGGACCCUGCCGGCAGAGCUCGGCAACAUGGUGUCUCUCAGGGAACUGCUUUUAAAUAACAACCAGUUGCGGGUUCUGCCAUUUGAAUUGGGGAAACUGUUUCAGUUACAAACACUGGGGUUGAAAGGAAACCCACUUGCACAAGAAAUUAUGAGCCUCUACCAGGAACCUGAUGGCACGCGGAGACUGCUCAGCUACUUGUUAGACAAUCUGGCAGGGGCUAUCAAGCGCUUACCAACAGAGCAGCCCCCAGCACGGUCGUGGAUCUCACUCCAGGAACCAGACCGAACACGGGCCUCAGCACUGUUCUCUGUUAUGUGCUACAAUGUGCUGUGUGAUAAAUACGCCACACGACAGCUAUAUGGCUACUGCCCUUCUUGGGCUCUAAACUGGGAGUACAGGAAGAAAUCCAUCAUGCAGGAGAUAAUGGGCUGCAAUGCAGACAUCAUCAGUUUGCAGGAAGUUGAGACAGAGCAGUACUACAAUUUCUUCUUGCCUGAGCUGAAGGAGCAGGGAUACGACGGGUUCUUCAGUCCAAAGUCACGAGCCAGGACUAUGUCCGAGUCGGAUCGUAAACAUGUGGACGGUUGUGCAGUUUUCUACAGGACGGAAAAGUUCAGUGCAGUGCAGAAGCACACAGUGGAGUUUAACCAGCUGGCCAUGGCUAACUCCGAGGGCUCAGAGGCUAUGCUGAACAGGGUGAUGACCAAGGACAACAUUGGGGUAGCUGUACUGCUUGAGGUUCGCAAAGAGAUGAUGGAGGCCUCAUCUGGAAAGUCACUCCAUGGCAUGGAGAAGCAGCUGCUCCUGGUAGCCAAUGCCCACAUGCACUGGGACCCAGAGUACUCUGACGUCAAGCUGGUCCAGACCAUGAUGUUCCUUUCAGAGGUGAAGAACAUAGUGGACAAGGCCACACGCAGCCUCAAGUUGUCCUCUGUCUCUGGUGAGACCAAUGCCAUUCCACUGGUGCUGUGUGCCGACCUCAACUCCUUGCCUGACUCUGGCGUAGUGGAGUACCUGAGUACUGGUGGGGUGGACUGCACCCACAAGGACUUCAAGGAGCUUCGUUAUAGCGACAGCCUGACCAAAUUCAACUGCAAUGGCAAGAGCAGCACGUCCAACGGCAGGAUCACUCACGCCUUCAAGCUGAAGAGCGCUUACGACAACGGCCUGAUGCCUUACACCAACUACACCUUUGACUUCAAGGGUGUCAUCGACUAUAUUUUCUACUCUAAGCCUCACCUGAACGUGCUGGGUAUCUUGGGCCCUCUGGACCCCCACUGGCUUGUAGAGAACAAUGUCAGCGGCUGCCCACAUCCCCAUAUCCCCUCCGACCACUUCUCCCUCUUCGGCCAGCUGGAGCUGCUCCUGCCCAACUUGCCCCCACAGGUCAAUGGGCUCCAUCUGCCUGCACGCAGGUAGUGAGUCCCUGCCACGCCACCAGGGGGAGCUGCAACCACAGCCUCACCCUUUCAAACCCUCCUCCCUCCCACUACCAGCUCUUCCCUCCACCAUACCGGAGGAGGAAGACAAAUACACAACCUGUAAAAUAUUCGUACAGUGAGGUCUGGCCGACAGGGAUUUCGUAUAAUGUUAUAGAUAUUCUAUAUUUUUCUUUCUCCGUUUUUCUUUUGUUAUUUUUUUAACUGCUCGAUUCAGUCCUGUUCAUGUAUCAUAUUUUGUGUUUUGGACUACCUUUCCUCUUCAAAUCCACCCACCCAACCACUUUGCUUCUGUCUUUCAAACUAGAGGGGAUGGUAGCUCGUUUAGUUCUGUCACAUCGGGCACUGUUUGGUUUUAGAACAAGGAGAAACUGAGAAAUGGCUGAGGGGACAUUCACCUUAAAAGCUCCAUAGCUGAUGGUCUGCCUGUCUGUCUGUCCUGUAUAAAUCUGAAACCAGCAAAGACAGCAGACUUGUCAGUCUCAGACAUCCAUCAUUGGCUUGUGCUUGUUCACCUCUGUAGCCAGCUUACUUUCUCAGUCUUUCUAGGAUGCACACUUUUGUUGAGUCAGGUGUUGUUGGGUUAGAGCAGCUUUUCGCUAGUAGUUGAGCAUCCCUGGAGGUGGAUGUAAGCUCGUAUGUACGCAGCUCGUAUGAUGUUAGAUUUCCUGCUGUCACUCUGUGGUGCUGAGGCCUUUUGUGUGGUCCUGGCCUCCCGUGGUGCUACAAGAUAGUCUACACCUCUGACCCCGGCCCUGGUGCAUUUGCUACCAAACCCACAGAUGCCUCAAGAACCAGGUGUCCGAGAACUACGUUUGCCCAAUUUCACAUGGGCUGUAUGUGGUGUUAAUUUGGGAAGGAAGGAUGUGGUGAGAAACUGAUAGCAGCUACCAUCCUGUUUGCAGACUGUUUCACCCCAGCUUUUGUAGUUGUUAGGCUAGUUUUGUGCUUAGGAGUUCAUGAGGUUCCCAUUUUUGGGCAUGGAUUUAGGCUGAUGGGCAAAGUGAUGUGGGGCCUUCACAAAUCUUUUUUUUAUUUUGAUUGCUAUAAGGCAGAGAGAGCGAGUAAUGGCUGAUACACAGGAGUAAAACCAGCAUUCCUCUCACUGUCUGGAGUUGCCAUCCAACUCCACACAUGCAAGCUCACACAGACACACAGACACACACACACACACACACACACACACACACACACACACACGACACAGGUAAUUUGCAGAUCUGUAGCACUGUCUCCGAGGCCAGUAGUGACUUUCCCCAGCCAUAAAUUCCAUACACAAAAGCAGUGGUUUUUUUCACAAGUGUUUGUACAGAAUAGAAAUCUAGACUCAGUCUUUACAUGAUUGUAUAUGAACCACAAAAGACCUGUUUUCUGGCGUUUUUUGUACUAGAGUAAAUUAUGAUCAGAUUUGAAAAAAAGAUUGUAUUGUAAACUAUGGCGAAAUUUUUAUCCAGUUAAUGUUGAGAUGAAUUGAUAUUACCAGCUUGUACAAAAGACGUAAGAAGAGGUUGUUCAAGGCGUUCACUGUCACUACUUUGCACUCCCUAGAUAUUACCUGUAAUUAAUGUAUCAUUGUUUUAUUUUAAACUUACCCCCCCGCUGUUUUGUUUUGCUGGCAUAUUGCUGCGAUUGUAAAUAGACACUGAGUAAACUCCGCCUGUUGCUUCUUGCCCAUUAACAAAGCCAUUGAUCCACACUGCUGCCAUCAGUUCAGACAAAAGAACAUGCAAGGACGAGUCAUAACCCACCAGUGACUCCACAUCUGUUCAUCUAUAUAGUUCACACACACUCCCACUAGUGACGUGUGACUGAUACAACCUAUUUUAAUCCUACAUGUACAAGAAAACAUCGUGCCUCACUGUAGCAGUUGUCGUUGUCUUGCACUAUUUACAUUUGACGAACGCCUGAACAACCUUUUCUCAUUUUAUUUUUAAAUACUGUUGAGACAUUUGUGAGGAUUUUAUGUCCUUUUAUUGUUUUUUGUUAAUAUUGAUUUCCUUUUUUAUGAGCUGUGACAAUGUUAUGAUGAUGUGUAUAUCCUUCCUAUUCAUUGAGCUCUCUAGUAAUCAGGUAUGCUUUCUCCACCGACCCUUUGUACCCUCCUCAAGGAACACGGAGGACACAAGGAGUAGGAUGUCUAAUCUUUGUUAAAGCCACUCGGAUUGUUAUGCUCCCUAUUUGUACCUUAGCACAGCUCCAUGCCCAGACCGCCAACAUAUCUAGCCCUUAGCUCCUUCCCUGGCCAUGCGUUUUAAAUCUCCUUAAGCCUGUCCAUCACCCUAUACCCCCCCAACCUCCAUCGCCUAACCUCAGACCUUCACUACCGACCCAUAUUACUCAAGCUGUGUAUUUUAAACCCCUUUUCUCAAUCAUUCUGUAUAGUUCUCUUACCCUCGUCACUGCAGCUAUAGUGCCAUCCGUGGACCCCCUACCUCUGUAUUGAAAAAUGUAGAAGGCCCACUUUGCUCUGCUUUUGGCUGAACAAAGGAUGAGGGGCAGUGAGCUCAGCUAUUUCUCUCUGAAAGCCAGGCAAAUACGUUGCUAUGAUUCAAAUGGGUUACAUCUCAACAAAUGAGAAAUCUGUCAGUGGUUAGACAAUUAAUUCAACAGACAUGCUGUUACGCGGAUACACCGUAUAAUAAGCACUUAGUAAAUUCAGAUGCAGCUCCCCUCACUCCCUGGCCCAUCAUAUUGGCAAAUAAAGAUCUAAUUCACUUAAUUGUAUAUGUUGAAAUGACAUUUUUAAAGCACGAGGGAAGCAAGUAAAUAGGAAGUAUUAAUUAAGUCCUAAGGUAGGUUUCUUGUCCCAUUUGUUUCCCCCUACAUGUUUGUCUUUUAACUUUUUGUUUUCCAAUGGAAACCAGUGUGUCCAGUUUGAUCUGUUUUUCCUGAAUGGCAUUAGUAUUGUAGUAGAUUUAAAGGCUAGCUUUUUUGUAAAGUGUGAAUAAAAGAUGUAUCUCAUGUUUCCUUUCUAAAAAGAUAUUGAAUUGUGUUGUGUAAAUCAUGAAUUCUAUGAUGGUGUUUUGUUUGCUACAUUGUUUUUACCUUUACUCAAUAUAUAUUUUCCCCCCAUAUACUCUUAUCCCCAUCACAAACCAAAUCCUCUGUAGAAAUCAUGAGCCGUUGUCUUGAUGGUUGAUUAGAGAAGUUGAAUGUUCCUGAUGAUGCCUCGUAGAAUGAAGGAUUGAGAGAUCAUUGGAGGAAAAGUACCUGCAUCGUAGGUAUAAGCAAAAACUUUCAGCACAGGGAUAUUCAGUGUGUUAUUUUAACAACAAAAACACAUUACUUUUCAGCUUUAUUUUGGAUGUUGCAUGGCACUAGCUGGAGAGUGCUAGUGCCUGUAGGUUAGGGCAGCAGAGCUGUCUUACUAGUGGCUGCAGUUCAGUACUGGAGAACACUGUUCUGACUGGUGUAAAACGUGUUUGUAAGACUAAGCCAAUGGAGCGCCGCUGGUCGCUAGGCUGGUCCUGUGAUGAUUUUGAGUACUACUAGUCCGUUUCACUCUGUUUUUUGUGCAUCACAGUAGUUAAAACCUGUUACACUAGCUAGCUACUAUUGGUAGUCACUGAUUUGACUCAAGUAUUUUUGGUUGUUGACUCCCCCUCUCCUCAUCACCCUCUUGUUAAACCACAGACUGGCUUCUGAUUGAAAAUCUGGCAAAUCACAGAGCUGAGUUAUGUCACCCUGUAAGCUUUGGCGAGUGAUCACAUUGUUGGCUUUGUACUUUCCUCUGUUGCAUUGUGUUUCAUAGUUGGCUUGUUUAGGCUUUGAGUAAUUUCCCAGACUGCAUCUCUUUGUAACGGUGCACACCAAAGCUGCUUGUAGUCCAGUUCUCUGUUGUAGAGCGACUUCAUUUACCAACCAGAUGUUUUUUAAAAAAAAAAUCCAAAUCAUAGUCUUUGUGAAAUGUAGGGCUCUAUGAAAAGCAAGGUACUUCUGUCCUUUUUUUCCUUGAAUCACAUGAACAUGUUGCAACCAUAAUCAUACUCUUGUUGGGGUUUGGUUUCUCAGUCCAUCAACUCCUUUUAAAUGCAUCCUUUUAAAAAAAAUAAAUAAAAAUACUUGGCAAUAAUACGCAAAUAUUCAGACACAUUCAGAAUGGGUUUUUAAAUAGUUUAUCUGGAAAAUGUAGCUAUUUCAUCUAUCAAACUUUUUUUUUACCUUCAAACUCCAUCUUCAACCUUCUAGACCGUUGUUACCUGAACACCUUUUUUUUCCUCUUUAUCAUCCAUCUUGUAUAUUUGCUCAUCUCCGUUUCCCUGCCGAUCUAGUAGUAGUUGUUCAAUGAUCAGGAUUGUCUAUCUGUAGUCAGCUGAGUACAUAUAUUGAUCUUUGUCACUGUGUUUAUGCACUGGACCAACUAUUGUUUACCAUUCAUGAAAUACCAGCAAAAAAAAAAUUAAUAAUGACAAAACACUUGCACAAUGUUGUAGAAUGUCCAUUAAUCCAGAUAAGAAAUCAAGGCAGCUGUUUUCAAAUCAACACAUACUGUUUUAAAAAGAAACUGAAUGGUAAACAAUGCUUUCUGUUGAACCUUUUAGCCGUCCUCUCGAUUCUCUUUGGACUAGUUUUGUUCUUUAAUUUGUUUCUGUUUGACUACAGGUUCGGCUUGUUUCCUUUACACCUACCUAUGUAUUUUCCUACUCCUGGUUGAAAAUAAAUUCUAUAUUAUCUGUUUCAA